UAGUUAAGUAAUUAAAUAUAUCAUGCUAAAAAGCAAGUUAAAUAGCAUAGCACCAGCUAACGUUAGUUAAGUAGAUAAAUUUAUCAUGCCAAAAAGCAAGUUAAAUAGCAUGUAGCACCAGCUAACGAUAGCAAGGUUCGGCACUAAAAAAACGUCACUACAGCCUCCAAAGUUUAUUGAAUAAAUAGUUUCCACUCUUCUUUUUAGAAAUUAUGACUUACUCAGUCACCGGUAGUCUUCUUCCUUAAAUCCGCGCGCGACCGGCGUUUGUUGAAGAUGACCAGAGACGUGCUGAGCUGCUGCUUCCUGUGAGCACCCCCACCCCCCGUGUGACUGGAGAGCGCUUUGCUGACCGUGCAUUUGUUGAAACGCAUAAUUAAACAAUGGCAGCUAUACGAACCGAACCCGUACACUUCCGUUUCCAGCACUGUCAAAACGAAAGUAUAAAAGUGAAAGUAUUUCGUUACAUAAAGCACGUCCUGUUCUGAUAACAUUUCAGUUGGAGUCCAAGUCCUCUCGGUGCAGAACAACUUAGAACUCAAAUCAUGGAAACUGACUCAGGGAAGAUGGAGAUGGCAGCCCUUGGAAGACCCUUCCAGUUGGGGAUGCUGUAUGAUGGCCGUAAAGAUUGUCUCAUUCCAGGAAUUACCUUGUGGGAUCGGGAAGACCUUCAACGACACACAAAUGAAAUAAUGAAGCCCAAGACAGGAAUUGAUGUCAUUGCAUCUGAUUCUGUAGAGGAUAAGGCAGGGGCUUUGGAUAUUGAUGCUUCACUAAAAGCAAGUUUCAUAGGAGGACUGGUUGAGGUUGAUGGAUCUGCCAAAUAUCUUAAGGACACUAAGGCUUCAAAAAAACAGGCACGUGUCACCCUGAAGUAUAAAACAACUACAAAGUUCAUGCAGCUGUCUAUGAGUCACCUUGGACGAGGAAAUGUUAAACACCCAUAUGUGUUUGAGAAGGGAAUAGCGACACACGUGGUAACAGCAGUGCUGUACGGUGCUCAGGCAUUUUUUGUUUUUGAUCGAGAAGUGUCAGAAAGUGAGGACCAGCAAAACAUGGAGGGGAACCUGCAAGUGAUGAUAAAGAAAAUAUCAUCCUUGUCAAUCGAUGGGAAAGGUUCCUUAGAGCUGACAGACACUGACAGAGCUACUGUAGAAAAGUUUUCUUGUAUAUUCUAUGGGGACUUUGCUCUGAAACAGAACCCUGUUUCCUUCCAAGAUGCAGUAGACACAUACAAAACUCUUCCAACUCUGCUGGGUGAAAAGGGGGGAAACGCUGUGCCAGUCAGGGUGUGGUUACUCCCCCUGGAAAUCUUAGAUUCUUCUGCUGCCAGAUUAGUGCGUCAGAUCAGUGUCAGAUUAAUAAGUGAAACACAGAGUGUGAUAGAGGACUUCAAUGAAAUAGAAAUGCAAUGCAAUGAUAUUAUGAAACGAAAGAUUGUUGCACACUUUCCUGAAAUUGGCAAAAAGAUGAAAUCCUUCAAGGAUAUGUGCUUGGAGUACAAAUCAGUGUUUCAGAGAUCUUUGUCAAGCAUUCUACCAUUAAUUCGUGGAGGUGGAACAGAGGAAUGUGUGCUUGCAAACAUCCUAACAAAUAAGGAACAGUCUCCUUUCCAGAGCAAUAAACUUAAGGAAUGGCUGGACUGCAAAGAGGAAGAAAUCAACCUGUUCCAAUUGUACACUGAUAUGAUGGAACACACAACAAUUCUGGCAUCAAACAGUGAGCUUCAAAGUGAAAUCCUGAAAAAUAGAGAUAAGAAUGUAGUGUGCUUUACAUUCACAUCACUGGGUGAGGAGGAGCCGUAUCUGUCCUGCUUACAGAGUCACUUAAAGGCUCUUUCAACUGCAAAGCUAAUAGAACCAACAAAGGAAGAUGGGAAGGAUGUCAAGCCGGGUGAGUUUUACUUCUCAGAUUCUGUGUUAGAAAAAAUAAAAGAACAAGCAAUCCUCUUCAUAGAUUUUGCAAAAGCAAACAAGAAGAACAAGAAAACAGACUUUAUAGCUGCAUCCAUACCUAACGAUGAGCAGAAAGGGGCAAGUAUUUACCUUUACAAAGAUGGGAAUAAACAAAGUGACCACUUUCAGCCUCCAUCAAAGCCAGGAAGACCAAAUGCAUCUGACGUCACUCAUGACAGUGUGACAAUAAAGCUGAAUCACCCCCAGUAUGGAUCCAGUGAAGUCACACACUACCUGGUUGAAUACUGUGCUAAUGAGUCACUUGGUUGGCAGUUUAUUAAAGUACCCAAAUCUAGCAUAGAAUGUACUGUGUCUGGGCUGCUUCCCCACACAGGCUACAGGUUCAGAUACAAGGCAGUGUGUCCAGCAGGUGUCAGUCUAACCAGUGAAGCUGAGAGCAUUAAAACUUUGCCCACAAGUCCUCCUGGGAUGGCAGAAGAAAUAGAUGUAGACUUAGAGGAGAUUACAGUUACUUGGACAAAACCUGAUAUGGUUGGAAAUGGGGUCAGCAUUGAAAAUUAUGUUGUUGAAUACAGAAAUAAAGAAAAUGAAAAUAAGGCAGACUGGGAAAAAAAGACUAGUGAAGGCGAGGUCUAUAAAAUUCCUGGGUUACAGCCAGAUACAGCUUAUUAUAUUAGAAUUACAUGCAAUUGUGGUGAAUCUGGUCAAAGCAAAGAAAGUCUGACAGUCUCUAUUUCAACUGUAGGUGAAAACAUAAGCACACAUAUUUCAGUGUCAGAUAUUCCAGAACUAAUAAAGAUCUUCAAACAAAACAAUGAAGGAUUAGAAGGUCAGUGCACCUUAAGUUCCAUUGGACACCGUUCAUCCAGAAUGAAACUCACAUGCACUGUUACCAACUCACUGAACUCCUUGUGUCAAACCCUAUGUGACCAGCAAGAACAUGAAGCUGAACUCUUGGUUCUGUCCAGUAUUGAUGCUUUGGGAUACUGCUGUAAGAGCAAGACAUUUAAUCAUCUUCUUGAUUGGGAAGAAAUCAACUUCUUGCAAAAUGAAAUAGAAAGAUCUUACAAGGAAUAUUGCUCUCUGAAAGAGCAAAGUGUAUCAAAAGCUCAAGCCUACGUGUUUCUGAAAAUGCUGACUUUAUCCAAAGAUGAAGAAUAUAUUUCCUCUGAGAAAAAAGAAGCACGGUUAGAGUUAAUUAAAUCUUACCUGAAGGACAACAUUUCAAAUGCAAUUAAAUUACUGGUUGAAAAAUCUCAUGGAAACUGGGAAAUCCUUGAAGAAGAAUUAAUUUCCUUUAUACGGGAAUCAAACAUGAAAGAAGAAAAUACAAAUGGAGAGGAUACAGCAUCACAGCUGGGUAGUUUACCAGCAACCCAAGUGUCUUUAUCUGAAGACACAACUGAUUUUAAGAAUUUACAAGCUAAUGAAAUGAACAACUCUACCAAUUUAUUAAAAAAACUUGGCCUCAGUGACCUUUUUCCCAAAAAGAUUAAACUGAAUGAUGUUCUUAUUAUUGACAGUUUGUCUCUUGGCCUAAAUGAACCAGAUACAGUGGAAGAUCUGAAGAGUCAAUAUCUGUAUAAGCUCAUGAUUUUAGAUUACAAUGUCAGAUAUCUCUCUUUUAAACCAGUAGCAACUGAUCCACCUCUAGAAGAUGAUGGUACAGCCUUUGAUGAUUUUGAUUUCUUUAAUACAAAUGAGGAACCAACCAGUGGAGCAGAUCUGGCAGGCACAGCGUCGCACAUCCAUCCCAUGGAUAUCCACAUGGCGGUCUUCCACUGUGCCAAUGACUUUCUAAGACAGUACAUGUACACAAAACUCUCUGCCUGCCAGUUUGCACUACCUUUCUUAGUUCCCACCCCAUGUACCGAAGACCUGGAAUUCCCUCUUUGGCCUCUAAGGCACAUCAAAAAGUCAUGGCAAAGUAUAACAAACUCAAGCGCAGACAACCCUGGAAGAUACCAAACCAGGCAAAUGUUUAGCACACCGGUGGCAGUUGUCUCUUUUUUAAGGUUGGGAACCUCUUUCACCUCCAAAUCUCAAAUUCUGAAUUCUGUCAUUAGCAAACAGAGACAUAAUGUGUUCUUCAAUCGGCACUGUAAAGGUAGUGCUCCAAACAGCAUGCUUAUGAAUGGGGUUGUCGAGAUCGCCUGGUACUGUCCAGGAGGAAAGAAAGAUGACAUAUUUGAUGACUGUGUUGCAUUUCUAAACCUUCAUGGUGACGCAAAAGAUCAUCAAGAGCAACUUCAAUUUCUGCAGGCAGUGAGUACAGUGAAUGUGCUUCUACUGUCAGAACAGCCACAGGAUGAAGAAACAAAAACAAUUUGUCAAAAUCUCUCUAAGUCUUCUACC